AUGAAUCCCACAUCAACAGAACACGACUAUCGCUUCCCGCGAAGGCCUGACGACCCGUUUGCUGCCAUUACGUCGCAACCCCAGGCGCAUUCCAAAGCCAGUCCCAGCGAGCUGCCCGCCGGCCUGAGGGACCUCAGACUCGACCUUUCCGCUGCGCUGUAUCCGAAUGCGCAGGACGACUUUUUGCGAAACUCGGCCUUUCCGCCAUUUCAGAAGGCAUCAGCCAUGGAAUCUAACCAGAGCCCCGAGGACAUGCAGAGGGAGGAUCCGCUGGCGACUCAGGUGUGGAAGUUCUUCAGCAAGACGAAGCAGAUGCUGCCUAACCAGCAGCGCAUGGAGAACCUGACCUGGAGAAUGAUGGCUCUCAACUUGCGCAAGAAGCAAAUGGAGGAGGAGAAGGCGAGACUCGCUCGAUCUGCGCCGGCACCGCCAGCUGCAUCCGCUUCGUUCGGCUUGAAUGCACCCAGUGGCAUUGCUCAAUUGCGCAAGUCUUCAGAGCAAAACGUCAACCACCCGGAUUCCAUGAAUCUUGACGACUUCAUCUUCUCCGAGAACAUUGCGACGCCAGUGACGAACCCUUCCCCUCAACCACAGAAGCAAAGCGACGACAGGAACCAGAUGCACUCGUCCUUCACCUCCGCCAUUCCCAUCAAAUCGCGCAAAGACUCAGUCGCUCAGCAGCACUUUGUCCCGCAGUCGGUUCCGUUUCCUCCUCACCACCAAAAGACCCAAGAUGAAUUCAACUACAUUACUCGCCAUCACCGUAAAACGAGUAUUGACGAGAGACGGACCCGUAAACGUCCGGCCGACUUCUCUCCCCAUGUGCCCGCCGUCAACAGCAACACAACAAACUCCAAUGACUUGGAUGCAGACUCGGAACUUCAUGAAUAUUCACUCGACAACGCCAAUCAAGCCAACAUGACGCAGAACCCGCAUCAGUCGGGAGUUCCCUUCCCUCUCGAUACCUACAUCGAGAACGACCCUAUCAUCACCUCAGCUGGGCCCUUCCAGCAGAACUUCUCAUUCUCCCCCUCCACCUCGCCCAUGGUGUCCCAUGGCCCCUUUUCCAGUGUCUACAAUAGUUCUGGAGCCCAGCCCUCUUCGUUGAACCCGUCAGAUUUCUAUUCGCCCCCGGGAUCGGCUUAUCAUUCCACUGUAUCGACGCCGCACCCCAUGCCCGAUAACGACAACUUCUACUUUGGAUCGAUGGAUAUGCGCGGCCAGAGGUCGCAAAACUUCCGCCCGGGCUCUCAAAACAUGGGAAGCCAAAUGAACCAGCAGUUCAUGUACAACAAUGCGAACGGGAACCCCAUGUUCCCUGCAUCUGCUCCUACUACCGAGUCUGUAUCCGCCUUCAGCAGUGCGACCAGUCCUUUUGGGCACAUUGAUCCGACGCAGGUCUUCCAGCAAGAUCAUUCGGUACGCUCACCUGGCAUAUCCCUGCCGAAUGAAGGCAUGUUCAGUUUUGGUGCCGACUCGGACGAGGAGGAUGGUGGUGCAUUCGCCGAUCGCAACAUGGUCAUGAACCAAGACUUCUCUCCCGGACCCAUGGACGACGGCAGCUCGCUAGGCUGGGAUCCUUCUCUGCCAGGGCAGUACAGCACGCAGGCUGCACGCUACCCGGGCGGGCCGCCUCGCAAACAAGUCACCAUCGGCGGCACCACUACAGACUACGUCGACAACAAUGACUGGGAAGGCGGCAACUUGCCGCGAUCUCAGUCGCAGUCUUUCCGUCAAGGGUCAGAUAGAAGAGGCAGCAAAGUUCCGCGCACUGCAUCAACUCCAGCAGGGCACUUGGGAAGGAAUGGAAACCCUUUCGACCGCAUGGCACAGUCGACACCGAACUCACCCCCCGAAAACAACGGCACCGUCUCUGGCUAUUCAUCCGUGGCUCCGAGCCGACCUUCGUCGCCGCCUGGCUCUAAGUCUGGCUCGACAACGAACUUGCAGGCUGCAGCGGGCAACCAGGGGGAGGGAAACACGCCGACAACUUGCACCAACUGCUUCACUCAAACAACGCCCUUGUGGAGACGAAACCCUGAAGGCCAGCCCCUUUGCAAUGCUUGCGGUCUGUUCUUGAAACUCCACGGUGUGGUGCGACCUCUGAGUUUGAAGACGGAUGUUAUCAAGAAGAGGAACCGUGGCUCGGGAGCAAGCCUGCCAGUCGGCGGCACGAGUACGCGGUCGAAGAAGAACGCCGCUAAUUCGGGCGUUGGCUCACGAAAGAACUCGACCCUGGCCAUCUCCUCUACCCCCGUCAACACCGCCACUACACCACCUGCUGCUGUGCGUGCCGGCAGUGCGAACGAAGGCGAGAGUCCCGCAAGUGGAGCCGCAUCCGGAGGCAACACUGCUGGUAGCACACCUACCAGCUACGGAACGGGCUCGUCUACCGGCGCGGCUGCUGGUGGCAAGGGCGUUGUGCCGAUUGCCGCCGCGCCGCCAAAGAACACACCGGGUCCUGGCGCCGCCUCCCUACCCCGGAACAGUGGCACUUCGUCUUCCUCCGGAUCAUCCAAGCGCCAGCGCCGCCACAGCAAGAGUGCUGGCAGCGAUGUGCUCUCUGGCAUGGAAGUCGACAGCCCCGAAAACUCGACGGGUUCAAACGAGGCUGCGAAAUCUCUCGGGUCCACUGGUUUUACGCCUAUGCCAACAACAGGCUCCCUGGGUUUGGCCAACGGUCUUGGCAUGACCCAGCGUCCCAUGAUGGGCGCGGGCAUGAUGGGAAUGCCCGGUGGACAAAAUGGGCCGAUGAUGAACCCUGGCGGUACGGCAUCCGGUCCUCAAGAAUGGGAGUGGCUCACGAUGAGUUUGUAA